UUUUGAUCUUAGAAUCCUAAGAAGACCACUUCCUUAUACUUUUGAUAACAUAAUAUCUGUGCACUAUAUAUAUAAAGUUCCCACUUGGUAGUGCAAUAAUCAAAUUAAAGAACAUGGGUAACCAAUCACACUUCCCAGUUUUUCUCCUCCUCUCUCUCUCCUUAACCAUUUGCUCUUUUCACAGUGCAUUUGCUUCUUCCUCCCCACACCACCACAAACAUGAUCACCACUUUAACAAAACCAUGAGGUCUCUCCACUUCUCCCUCUACCAACAUGAGACCAUCAACAAGACCGGAUUCAUCGUCGUCGACGGCAUCGCCGGGGCCGGCGUCACGCAGACGACCACCCCCUUCGGGACCAUCUUCGUCUUCCGCGACAACCUGACGGCGUCUGCUGAACCCUCGGCUUCUGCUUCUGCUGUGGCGGGCGUCGCGGAGGGGGCCUCGAUCACGUCGAGCUUCGACGGCCUCCGCAGCUUGUCACUGGCGAAGAUCACGCUGAAGAUCGACGGGUACAAAGGAUCGAUUUCGAUACUUGGCGGGACCCACAACACGAAGCCGUCAGACUAUCCAGUGGCCGGCGGCACGGGGGACUUUCUCUUCGUCCAGGGUUACAUUCGGUCGUCGCCGGUCGACCUGAACGGACCGACGGUGGUGUACAAGAUCGAUUUCUUUCUAUACUGGCCUCCAUAUGCUACCGCCGUCCAUGUUUCACAUUAGUAACUUUAUUUUUACUUGAACACAGAUCAAAUUUAUUGAACCCGAUCAAAUUUGAUGUUCUCCGCAUUGGAAUAUUUAGCUACAUACUUAGUAUGGUUUUCAGUAACUUACUUUUGCUGUAAGUCGUAGUGUUGUUUGGAGAAGAUUUAUCUGAUGAGAAGAAAUAUUAUGUUGAAUUUC